GGACGGCAAUUUGGUUGUAACUCACUCAUCUGUACGAGGACCGUAAUAAUUUCCUUACCUCCCUUUUUUACGGCAGGGAAAUCAGGCGCUGAGGUGCUCUCUGUGUUGAAAUAUCAAGCAGAAAACAGGUGGCUGCCAAGGUGAAUAUGGAGUUUCACCAUGGAGAAAGCGAGGUCCUACUGGAGACCAAAUUUCACAGGACUGACCUUCUGCAGAAAGGUUGUUCGAGUCUGUUGUUCGUUGAUUUGCAUCCUCAAAAGCCAUGGGUUCUGUUUGCGCCUGUGCAUAGCAAUUCGCUUCAGGUAUGGAAUUAUGAAGACGGUACACGUGUUGCCUCCUGGCAAAUACCUGCGCGUGAUUACCUCCUCCCGCAAGCGGCAAAGUUCAUCGCACAAAAGGACUGGAUUAUUGUCCGGGGCACGUACGACUUCAAGGUGUACGAGUUCAAACCUCGAAGAAAGCUGCAAGAUUGUCAUGUAGAAGCGCUAAGGACACCUCGGAAGGAUUCGAUGUCUGCCCUGGCCGUCCAUCACAGCGCAACGUAUGUGCUGACUGCUUUUUACGAUGGAAGUAUAAUGUUGUGGGAUUGGAGCAGCGAACGCGGAGACAUAACAACAUUGAAAGGGCACUCUAAAUGCGUGAACUGUCUGGCUUUUCAUCCAACCGACUUGUCCGUGUUUGCCGCCUCGGAAGUUUCCAUGAUCAAGGUGUGGGAUAUGGAAACAAAGUCUGUUUCCCAAACUCUCGGUGACGAUUGCAAGACGGAUAUGACCCUCAGCAUGACCCUCAGCAUGGAGUUUCACAGGGGGUUGGAGAAGUCACUUCUCAUCAUGGGCCACCACGAUUACGAAGUAAGGGUCUGGGACUACAACAGUGUAGUUUGCGUAGUACAACUGGGAGGACACACUGGCUGGGCCAUGUCGGCCUUCUUCCACCCGAACUUGCCGUAUAUCUUCAGUGCAUCAAUAGAUGGAGAAAUCACAGUUUGGAGAGAGUCGGACUAUGACCUUGUCGCCGUAAACAUGCCGAGUGGAUUAGUGGGAAAGCUGUGGUGCAUGGCUCCUUGCGGAAACUCUAACAAGCUCAUUCUUGGAGGAAAGGGGGAGUUGAAGGUGCUAGAGGUUGUCGUAAGAGUCUCAGAAACGGACGAUCCGACGGCGGUGCUAAGAAAGAAGAUGGAGGAGCUUGAAACGGAGGCUGUCCGUGCUUUCACAAAGAAAACCGAGCAAGCGGUGGCCAGCGUGGAACGGAAGUACAGAAAGAAACUUGAGGAAAUGAGAGCAGAGCACUGGAAAACGGAGCGAGCACAAGCCGACAGGGUCAAGCAGCUGGAGGAAGAGAUCAGAAAUCUGAAAUCGGAGAGUUCAUCGGCAGCCAAGAGGAUUCAGGAGCUAGAGUCUGAGGUGCAAAACAUGAUCGCAGAGAGGAAAGCGAUGGCCAGGUGAAGAAGAAGCUUGCACAGUCAAUUGAAUAUUAUGCCAUAUUUGACUCGUCAUCAUGAUGGUGGAAGUUAAAACUGACAGUUAACCUCCUCCAGCACCGUAAGUUACUCAGUCUGACAACGCCGAGCCCGGAUCAUGGGAAAUUAUGGAGUACAUAUUACGGAAAGGGGUUACCUAGACAGUUGGAAACGAUGGAAAGAGAGCCAUAUCCACCUGUAUCGGAUUCCACCCAUUUGUCAAGCAGCCCUGCUUGAACACACACACAGGCACCAGGAUUCAAUUUGGGGAUCCGAAGCGACAUUUAGCUUUCACACUCACAGAUUCAACCCGACAGUGUGUGUGAACAUACGCAUUGGAGUUAUGGUUCUCACGAAAAAGGGUAAUCAAUGCUGGCAGGAUGG